GAGGUUGGCACGGAGAGUGCGGUAGAUCGCGGCAAGUCCACCAAAUCUUUUUUGAUGUCAUUCUUUGAAGCUGAUGAUAACCAUGGUGUUGAAGGGGUCGACACAUUCAACGCCUGCUAUGGCGGGACCAAUGCGUUAUUCAACACCACAAACUGGAUUCAGAGCCGAGCCUAUGAUGGCGCAUAUGCUGUUGUGGUCUGCUCCGACCCGGCGGUCCAUCCGGAUCCCGCUUAUAUCUCUGGCAUCGGAGCGUCCUCGAUAUCUCUUGCCGCGGCUGCUUAG